CAUCCAAAGAGUCGGUAAAUCAACAUCUUCUUCUUCUUCUUCUUCUUCGAGUCUGCUCUCUCUGGCGAGUAAGAAUGGGAAAAUUAGGGUAUCUAGCAAUGAAGACGGAUCAAAUCAGCAGCGAUCUCAUUAAUUCAGAUCUACGUGAGCUCGGGAUGGCUGCCAAGAACCUCGCCGAUCACGCCUUCAUGCUCGGAAGCGGCCUCGGAUUCGGAACAUACUUUCUCAAGUUCUUGGCCUCUUUCGCCGCAAUAUAUUUGUUGAUUUUGGACCGGACAAACUGGAAGACAAAUAUGCUUACAGCUCUUUUAGUUCCUUACAUAUUCUUGAGUCUUCCCGCCAGUACUAUUUUCUUUCUUGAGAGAGGUGAGGUCGGAAGAUGGAUUGCCUUUAUUGCUGUAGUGUUGCGUCUCUUCUUUCCUCGACACUUUCCAGAUUGGUUGGAGAUGCCUGGAUCUUUGAUUCUUCUGCUCGUCGUUGCCCCCGGCUUCUUCGCCAACACAGUCCGAGGUGGAAUAUUAGGAGUGAUCAUAUGCCUCAUCAUCGGCUGCUACCUCCUACAGGAACACAUCCGCGCAUCCGGCGGCUUCCGAAAUUCGUUCACAAAGACCAAUGGGAUAUCCAACACCAUCGGCAUAGUUCUCCUCCUCGUCUACCCUGUGUGGGGACUCAUUGUCAUCUUGAUUUAGAUUCUGUACUGAAAGUCCGUCUCCUUGCAGUGUUUUGUUGCUUUGUCAUGAAUAAUUUUUGCCUCUGGGCUUUUGCAGCUGUAGAAACCUUGUCUGGUCAAUUGGUUGGUGGUUGGUCUUGUGCUGUGUGGAAAUUUGUAUUUGUUAUGGGCUACUACGGUUAAGGAUGUGAAAAAUGUUUCAUUGCUAUGUCUUAUAUAUCGAUCACUGGUGCAUAGAAUUCUUCAUGUUCUUAAUUAA